AAAAUGGCUUCAAAAUGGAUCAAAUUCCUUUUUAUCUUGACCUUGGUACUUCUUCCUUAUUUUGUUCCAGACACUGAUGCUACAGGUCAACCAGCUAAAAGAAAACCGCCAAACUGUAGUCAGUAUAAACGUAAGUCUAUGUGCUCCAAAGAAAAGGACCCAAUUUGUGCAGACGACAGAGAUACUUACCUCAAUGAAUGCUUCUUCUGCAUCCAAAAGUUGUAA